UGUCAAAAGCUGUCACGAUGAUGAGGCUCCUAGGAAUCUCGAAAGAGUUGUAAUGGCUGAAUUUUUGUCGAAAGUGGGAAAAAAGGACAGCUAGUUGAAGUUGCAACAUGAAGUUACAUGUUAUAUGCAAGAUAAUGUGUUUUAGAAAUUGUUGCAGCUGGUUAUCUAAUAAUAGCUAGAACUAGUGCUAAAUAGCUAACGGUAUAUAGCUUAAGCUUGCAAGCUAACCUGUCAAGAAAGCCAUCUAGCUAAACCAGAUAAUUCAGUGGCUAAAAGUUGAACACGUUACACUUUUCUUUUGUCGCCUACUAGUUAGCUAACAACUCGGUUCGUUUACCUAUCGAGCCCCUUCUGCACCCUAGCCAGCAAACGUUACCCUGUGCUAGCUAGCUAGCUAGAUAACUGCACUGCUUCGAUAGCUAAGCAGGCACAGCUGUGGUCCAUGAAGCCCCUACAUGUCCCAGCCUGAGGCAGCCCAGGGGCAGGGCAGCAUAUCUGGGAUGCUGAGCCAGAUGAACCUGCUAGGACUGGGUGUCUUGCUGGCCUGGCUAGUGUUGUUCCACCUACUGGUCAACAUAUGGCUCCUGUGUGUGUUCACCAGUCUGCUGGUGGUGCUGGGGGGCUGGCUGUGCUCUCAGUUUGUGCUGAACUCAGACAACCUGCUCCACGUGGAGAGGUUUGUCAGCUUGGAGGAGACCCCCCAAACAGCCGAAGAUGAACAAAAACUAGACCUGGAGAUCCAGAACACCAUCAGGAAGAUCGUACGGGACUUUGUGUGGUCUUGGUACAGCACGGUGUCGUCGGAGUGUGAGUUUGAGGUGGAGGUUCACAACGCUAUGUACUGUAUGGCACUGGAGCUGAAGAGGCGUGCCGGGCUGGUGGACCGGAGAGAGCUGACCCAGAGGGUGCUGGACCUGUACGGCUGCCACUUGCAGAGCUACCUCAGGUCCCUGGAGGUGCUGGAGGAGCAGGGUGGUGACGAGGCAGAGUGUCUGUGGAGGGUGUACUCCAGAGUCAGCUCCCCCCACCCUGCCCUGAAGAGCUCAGCCACGGAGGUGAACCAGGCACGGGCCAUGGUGGACCUGCUUCUUCAGGUGCUAGUGCCCGCGCCACACCUGGAGACCCGCACAGGAAGGUUUGUGGUUGGAGAGCUCAUCACCUGCAACGUCUUAUUGCCCCUCAUCUCCAAACUGUCCGACCCAGACUGGCUCAACAUGCUCAUCGUGGCCAUUUUCACCAAUUCAGCUAAACCAGCUCCGCCCCCGCUUGAGACCACGCCCCCUCUCCAAGAGCCGCCGAUCCAGCAGGAGGAGCCUCAGCAGGAGGUGGCCACCCCUCCUUGCCCUUUGACCUUCUGUAUCCAGCCGGUCACACCCAAUGACAUGGAAGCAGACACUCCAGAGCUAGCUGCCUAUGACAUCAUCGAUUCAGAAGAGCUCUACUGCCCUCAGAUCCUGGAGGAGGAGGAGCCUCGACCGUACCUGAGGCAGUACCGGCGGCCCGGGAAGUCCAACCCCUUUUACCAGGAGACUGACUCUGACCUGGACUCUCCCCUCACAGACAAGAGGAGCUCCAUGGAGUCCCUGCUCAUGAUUGGUCCAGAUGAGGCGCUGGCUGACCGGCUCCGGGAAUGUGCCACGCCAACUGACGCCAGCAGUGUGGUGGACCUGGAGGACGACCUCCAGUCCUACCCCGGCCUAUCAGAGAACCUGUCCUGCCCCAGGGUUCACCUGGAGCAUCCUGAAAGCUACAGACCUAAUCUGGGGUCCUCCGAUCCCGCUUCCUCCUCCAGCCUGAGCAGCCUACAGGAGCUGGACAGAGACAGGGAGAGUGUCGGCACGUCGGACAGAGAGCUGCUGCUAGGGGUGCCUGAGGGUGUGACUGUGGGGGGGACCCUGCCCUCCCCCCAGGCCUCGUUCAGCUUCCAGCCCCUCAGCAGUCCCGAUGGACCCAUCAUGAUCCUGAACCUCCGUAUCACUGGCACCAUCACUGCCAUGGAGCACCGCGGCACCAGCUCCCAUCCCUACACCCUGUACACUGUCAAGUAUGAGACGUCGAUGGGCUGUGAGCCCCCUGCUGCAGACUCUGACCAGUCAGUGGCAUACCACACUGUCAACAGACGCUACAGCGAGUUCCUCAACCUGCAGACCCGCCUGGAAGAGAAACAAGAGCUACGCAAGAUCCUCAAGAGUGUCAAGGGGCCAAAGAAAGUCUUUCCAGACCUGCCUUUUGGGAACAUGGACAGUGACAGAGUGGAGGCCAGGAAAGGCCUGCUGGAGACCUUCCUGAAGCAACUGUGUAGCAUCCCUGAGACUGCCAACAGCGAGGAGAUGCAGGAGUUCCUAGCUCUCAACACAGAUGCCAGGAUUGCCUUCGUCAAGAAGCCUUUCAUCGUGUCACGCAUAGACAAGAUGGUGGUGAAUGUCAUUGUGGACACACUGAAGACGGCGUUCCCACGUUCGGAGCUGCAGAGCCCGACCGAGGACACGGACGGAGAGAUGGAGGGAGGGAGGAGUACGUCUGACAAGAAGAGCCGGUCACGCCUGAAGUUUUCCAGUAAGAUGGCUCCUGUCCUGAAUGGCUCUGAUGUCAGGUCCCAGGUGGUCUACGGUGUUGCUGACACCCGACCGGUGUGUGGCCGUCAGUCCCUGGAUCACCUGGAGGCCUUCCUGAGGGAGCAGGAGAGGCUGGCGGGCCGGCCGGGGGGGGCUGAGCUGGGGCUGGAGGGGCAGCAGGACGGGCCCCAUGUCAGAGGAAAGGUGGAGUGCUGUGGCUGCCAGCAGAACAGCUUAAAAGGAGCCACUGAACAGGACACAGCCUCUGAGACGGCCCUGGCAGAUACGGCGCUGAACAUCGUAUGUGUGGUGAUCAGGGACCAGUGGAGCUGGCUGUGUAGUGAGAACUUCCAGAAGACCCUCCGGCUGCUGUUUGGAACCCUCAUCAACAGGUGGUUGGAUGUGGGCGUGGCUAACCUGUUGUGUACCCAGUACUGGGUGGCAUACCUGAGGGGGCUGCAGGAGGCCGUCUGGCCUGGGGGGUCACUGCCCGCACAGCCCCGCCCUCAACGCACCCCCCAGCAGAAGGUGGAGAGCAAGGAGCAGGCCCACAGCUGCCUCAUGAGCCUCAUACCUGGCCUGGUGUCAGACAUCCUGGGAGAAGACAAGUUUAAACGCAGCUGGAAUUCUGUUCUAGAGUCUUUGCAGGAUCCCAAUAUAAACAGACACCUGGUGUACAGUUUGAGGGACAUCCUGCUGGAGGUCCUGGUUCCUGAGUCUUCUGAAGAGGACUUCCAGAAGACUUUGCUGCACAGUCUGUCCAAAAACCAUGAGAAGCUGCCGCCCUGAGACACACACACACACACAUACACACACACACACAUACACACACACACACACAACUGGACACUCACACGGGAACACACAUACAAGCACAGACACACACAGAUGUAUUUUCGAAGGAUUUUCUUUGACUGAACGCAUAUUGUACUGUGAAUUAGUGAUCCAUGUUGAGUCCCUGCCUCCUACACCCUGCCUCCUAUACCCUGCUUCCUACACCCUGCCUCCUAGACCCUGCCUCCUACACCAUGCUUCCUACACCCUGCCUCCUAGACCCUGCCUCCUACACCAUGCUUCCUACACCCUGCCUCCUACACCCUGCCUCCUACACCCUGCUUCCUACACCCUGCCUCCUACACCCUGCCUCCUACACCCUGCUUCCUACACCCUGCCUCCUACACCCUGCUUCCUACACCCUGCUUCCUACACCCUGCUUCCUACACCCUGCCUCCUACACCCUGCCUCCUAUACCCUGCCUCCUACACCCUGCCUCCUACACCCUGCUUCCUACACCCUGCCUCCUACACCCUGCCUCCUACACCCUGCUUCCUACACCCUGCCUCCUACACCCUGCCUCCUACACCCUGCUUCCUACACCCUGCCUCCUACACCCCGUUUCCUACACCCUGCUUCCUACACCCUGCUUCCUACACCGUGCUUCCUACACCCUGC